AACUCGCCCCCCUCGGCUGCUAAAUUUUUUUUUCUUAACUUUAAAAAAAAAAACAAACUGAUCUUGAAUGCAUGCAUCCCCCAAACGCAGCUCCCCUAAUCCUAUGGAAUAAUUCAAGUCGUGAAUGCACUUGGAGCCCUAGAUGACCGCUUAUAAGGCAGACCCUCGUAGUUGGGAGGCUACAGUCUACCUGGGACACUCGAGGAGGCACACGAGGGGGAAAGCAGACGGGUGCCUCGUGCCACCACCUCUCCUGAGGGCGCGUAUUGAUCAGAAUGUCAGACAAGCUCAAGGAACGCAAAAGAACCCCCGUUUCCCACAAAGUGAUAGAAAAGCGGAGGAGAGACCGGAUUAACCGCUGUUUGAACGAGCUGGGCAAGACGGUGCCCAUGGCCCUGGCAAAGCAGAGUUCCGGGAAGCUGGAGAAGGCAGAGAUCCUCGAGAUGACCGUGCAGUACCUGAGAGCCCUGCACUCCGCCGAUUUUCCCCGGGGAAGGGAAAAAGCAGAGUUGCUAGCAGAGUUUGCCAACUACUUCCACUACGGCUACCACGAGUGCAUGAAGAACCUAGUGCAUUACCUCACCACCGUGGAGCGGAUGGAGACCAAGGACACCAAAUACGCGCGCAUCCUCGCCUUCCUGCAGUCCAAGGCCCGCUUGGGCACCGAGCCCGCCUUCCAGCCGCUGGGGUCGCUCCCGGAGCCGGAUUUCUCUUACCAGUUGCACCCAGCGGGGCCCGAAUUGGCGGGCCACAGCCCGGGUGAGGCGUCCGUGUUCCCGCAGGGUGCGGCGCCGGGGCCCUUCGCCUGGCCGCACGGCGCGGCCCGCAGCCCUGCGCUGCCCUACCUGCCCAGCGCGCCCGUGCCGCUCCCGAGUCCCGCGCAGCAGCACAACGCCUUCCUGGCGCCCGGGCAGGGCCUGGACCGCCACUACCUGAACCUCAUCGGCCACACGCACCCCAGCGCCCUAAACCUGCACGCGCCCCAGCGCCCCCCGGUGCUCUGACGCCGACAAAUCCCGCAGACUGCUCUGCGCUCUGGGCACUGCUUGGGAGAAAUACUGUACAUUGCACAAGUGUAAAUAUUGUGCUGGGGAAAAAAAAAAAAGCUAAGUGGGGGAAGGUCAAAAGCGAAUUCGUCUUCUGAAGGACCUCCCCCUGGCAAUAAACGCUUUCUGAAAGUCCCAGAGAGACGGAUUUCUUGUUACCUUUGCUCUUCUAAAACCCAUCCCCUCCGAGGGGUCUCAGGCACAAGGCUGAUGCUGGCUGAGGUGACGACCCUCAGUUAUUUGGGUGGGGAAAGGGGUGGGCCGCCGCGCGGGGAAGGAGGAGGCGGGGAGGCCAAGUAGAGGGGUCGCUUCCAGGCUGGCUUCGCGGUUCCACCAGGGCUCCAGACCCGCCUCCUCCUCACGCGCACCUUGGGAAUUUGUCUGGGAGAAGGGCGGAUGGGAGGCACAGGGCCCACGGCUCUCAAAAAAUACAAAUUGAAGGACCCUCCCCAAGCUGGCUGUGGCAAACUUUCGCCAGCUCCC